CAUUUUGUUUGUCUUUUUUGCCCUUGGGAGGUCCGAAGAAACACAAACUACAUUUUCUCUCUCCUCUUUACCCCAUUUUUCACCUUACCAAACCCCCCAACGGCCCUUUUCUUCUCCCUAAUUUGUCGCUCUCUCAUCACCAAACUCUUUAUUCUCUGCUGCUGAAUUUUGAAGGAAAACACAGUCACACAAAAAUGGCGGCUAACUUGGAAGAUGUGCCCUCUGUUGAUCUCAUGACCGAGCUUCUUCGCCGCAUGAAGUGUUCUUCUAAGCCCGACAAACGCCUCAUUCUCGUUGGACCCCCUGGAUCGGGUAAGGGUACUCAGUCACCAAUUAUUAAGGACGAGUACUGCUUGUGUCAUCUGGCUACUGGUGACAUGCUGAGAGCUGCAGUGGCUGCUAAAACUCCUCUGGGGGUCAAGGCUAAAGAAGCCAUGGACAAGGGAGAACUUGUUUCUGACGACUUGGUUGUUGGGAUUAUUGAUGAAGCAAUAAAGAAGCCUUCAUGUCAAAAAGGUUUCAUUCUUGAUGGAUUCCCAAGGACAGUGGUACAAGCACAAAAGCUUGAUGAGAUGCUUGAAAAGCGAGGAACUAAGAUUGAUAAAGUGUUAAACUUUGCUAUUGAUGAUUCCAUUUUGGAGGAGAGAAUUACUGGCCGCUGGAUUCAUCCUUCAAGUGGCCGGACAUACCACACCAAAUUCGCACCUCCUAAAGUUGCCGGGGUGGAUGAUGUAACGGGAGAGCCUCUUAUUCAGCGCAAAGAUGACACAGCAGCAGUUCUGAAGUCCAGGCUAGAAGCUUUCCACCGACAAACUGAACCGGUUAUCAAUUAUUAUGCCAGUAAAAGUGUUGUGACGAACGUCCAUGCUGAGAAGCCACCAAAGGAAGUCAGUGAAGCAGUACAGAAGGCUUUGUCUUCAUGAUGAACUCCAGUUGAUCAGAUUAGAAUCUUUAAAAUGUUUCCAAGAUUUUGAUGUGAACUCUCACAUUUACGGGGUUGGAGUUUCUGCUCUCUGUCCGUACCUUGCUUACAUUUUGAAGCUGAAUUCUCAUUUUACUGUUUGCUAUGAGGUCAAGUUUGUUCUACUGCGGAAAAUAAUACCUUACGAGAAGGUUUAUUGCAAAUGAUUUUGGAAACUUCUGUCAAUUUUACUAUGAUUAAAAGAUUUUAUCAGUAAGUCACUUUAUGAUUCUUGUCGAA